AUGGCCUUUCACGUGGAUCGGCCGCCGGAGCCCCACCUGUGGAGGCUCCCUGCCGUGGCGAUGGUCCAGAGGCUGAAAGUUAAGGAGGUGACACCAAUUGAGGCGCUUAAUGCACUGGAGAAAAGGAUGAAGGAGGUGGACCCUGCCAUAAAUGCUGUCACUGUUAAGUGUUUCCCACGGGCGCGGAAAGCCGCUCAAGCACUCAUGGAGAAAGGCUUUCCAGUGGACCCCGGCCCCGGCUACCUGUAUGGUUUGCCAAUCGUUGUGAAAGACUUGCAUGCAGUUGAAGGGGUGCUUUUUACAGAGGGAUCGGCACUGUUUGCGAACCGCAUCGCGGAGGAAAACGACCCGCUUGUGGACGUACUGGAGGCAGCUGGGGGCAUUGUGGUGGGAAAAACUAACACACCUGAAUUUGGCGCCGGGGGAAAUACCUUCAACGAUGUUUUCGGGAGCACACUGAAUCCCUGGAAUGUGAGCCUGUGCGCUGGGGGCUCGUCGGGAGGCUCCGCAGCAGCUCUGGCGGCGGGUGAGGUGAGCGCAAACGGAACAUGCGCGCAAAUGCUGGCAGAAAUUUCGUCCUAG